AUGGAAAAUUCAAAAAAAAAAUGUAAAAUUAGCGCUUGCUCUGAUAAUCAUGCAAAACAUUAUUGCAGAGUAUGUAAAGAUAAAGACUCAGAUCAUUUUGCUAGAGAUUGUACUUAAGGAAUAAUACUAUAUCAUGGAACAAGAGUUUCUUUUAUUAAGUCAAUAAUAGCUAAUGGACUUUAACCUUCAAAACAUGGGAGAUUAGAUUCUGGAAUAUAUUUUACUGAUAGAGAUACAGCAAUUUUAAUUUCAAAACAUCGUGGAUAAGGAACUGGAGUAGCUGUUUUCAAAUGCAGAGUGAACACAGACGAAUAGUCUUGUGUUGAAGGAACUCAUCCAGUAUGGAAAGGGGUGACAACAUCCACAUUUUAAGAAUGGUGUCUGAAAGACCCAUUAAAACAUAGAAUUAUGGGAUUUGAAGUGAUAGACGGUGAAUUUGAAGAUGCUGUUAAUCUUCCGAGAGGGGAAAUUAUUGUAAACGGUUCAACAAUGAGUAAUUGA